CCCCUAGUCCGACUAGCAGCAGACAACUUUAGUAGUAAAUAAACGCUUGGAGACGGUGAGUGUGUUGUAGGUGGCUCCUACCAUCUUGACAGAGAUAUUUCAAGAUUCACCGAGACUUUGGUUAUCCACAUAUGAAACCUGACUUAUCAACAGUGUUUAUUGAAGUAAACAAUAUGAUUGUUAAGGCAAACGGAACCUCGGAAUUACUCCAGGAAGAGGAAGACGCCAUGUCCAUAUUUUCACCUGUUAUGCAGCUGCUACGGUCUUGCAACUCGUUCUUAAUGCAAGGUCUAGUCAGUGUGCAGGGAGAAUGUCGUCCACUUUUAGCUUGUGGGCGUCAAAUUGGUGCCAUACGCCCAGACGUUGCGAAGUGUCUUCUCAAUUAUCCCCAGGUGUUCAUCCCAUCACCAGACGCCUUCACACUGAACCCACAGCUGGACUCCUACAAUAAAAGAUCAAAUGCUAUUGACCUUGUGCUACAAGACCUAAGAACAAAAAAUGUGCUGGUGGCACUACGAGGCUGGCGGGAUGAGUGCUUCAAUGUGUGGGCAGAUUUUGGGGUUGAGCCUCUCUUUAAGAUGGAAAGGUCCGGUGUUACUCUUCUCGGUGUGCGAGUGUUUGGCGUACACAUCAUGGGUUACACAAGGUCAUCUGAAGAUGGCAGAGUGAAGACUAUUUGGGUUCAAAAACGAUCAAUUGACAAACCAACAUAUCCUGGUAUGAUGGACACAAUGGUUGGUGGGGGCAUCACAGCAGGACUACCACCCUUUCAAGUCAUGUUGAAGGAAGCGCACGAAGAAGCUGCCAUUUCUGAGAGUCUUGCUAAAACGGCAUGUCCUGCUGGAACAGUCUCGUUCUUUACAGAGACUGAGCGUGGCUUGCAUGCCAAUACCGAGUUUGUGUAUGACUUGGAACUACCAUCAGACUUUGUGCCAUGCAACAAUGAUGGUGAGGUAGAAGGUUUUGAAGCUGUACCUGUGGAGGACUACUUGGAAUGUGUGACAUCUUUAAAGUACAAACUGACUUCAGUCCCUGUUGCUGUUGACUUCCUUGUACGACAUGGAUUCAUCACUCCAGAAAGUGAACCUCAAUAUGCAGCCCUCAUUGAAUUGUUGCAUGUUCCUCUUGACCAGAUGUACCACAGAUGGCCACAGACUACUUCUUGAUUCUCUCAUCAUUAUCCCUAAAAUGAUUUUUAGUACUAUUGCUGCUAGAGUCAGUAUUAUGCCAUGGUUGACAAGUUUAAUUUAGUGACCUGUUGUGGCUCUGCAAAUUUGUUUUCAUAUGUAAAAUAAUUGUGCCCUACGUCUUCCUAGCCAAUUAUUGAUAGUUUGUAUAGUAUUUGCCCUGUGUUUGUAAGUAAAUUUAUAUUGAGAUUACUGUACGUUGAAUAUACUUAUACUGUAGCCUGGGUACUUCCUGUAAGAAAAAUUUUUUGGGGUUUGAAGUAAUCUUUCAGAGCCACCUUCCACACAAAUGGGCUUGAUAAAAUGACAUUCCAAGAAUGGAUAAUUUUUGCUUUCCAUUUGAUAUUUUAUGAUAGUUCUGUGACAUGCAUACCAUAGACAGUUAUUCCCCUACCUGGAAAUCUGUGAUAUACAUGCUAUAGAGAAGCCAUAAGGAGAAUUUCCACUUCCAGGGUAAUAUUAGCUAGACCAAUAUAGAUGUGGGGGAGAGAAAAUAAUCUUGUCUAAUUAAGACAUUGUGUAAUACAGUACAGCACUACAGUACAUGAGAAUGGGGAAUACUUUAGAAGAGUUUGAAAUGUACUUAAUUUGAUUUUAUCUAGUUAACAUUUGUGUGAUGAAGGGGAAAUAAUUAAUUUAAAAAGGCUUCUUUGAUUUUUUCCUUUUUUCACUUCUUCCAUUUUAUAACUAAUAAUUCCACUGUGCAUUCUUUUCAUUGUGAUUUUAAGGAAGGAGUUUGAAAGAAAAAUAAAUGGUAUGCAGGUCCUCUCCUAGAAGGGGUGCUUGGAACAUCUGUGUAAUGAAUCAGAUCAUACAAGAUCAGGAAAUUUCAAUUCAAUAUUAAAAUUUUUAUCAUUAUCUUAUGACAAGGAUGUAUGUUGUAGUUUUGAGUUAUUGUACUAUAUUGUAUGAUCAUUAUGAGUAUGUGAUUAAAAGAUUCUUGGGGAAGUUUUAUUUGUGUGGAAUUUUAGUUUAAUAAUAUAAAUCUUAGGAUUCUGCAUUAGAUAUAAAUUUAAGUGUAUUUCUCUUCGCAUGUGAUUUUCUUUUAACAAGUAAAAUCAGCUAAUAUUUAAGUACACAAAGAUGAGUUUUAGUCAUUAUAUUUUAAAUAUUGAUGAGUUUUAGUCAUUGUAUUUUAAAUAUUGAUGAGUUUUAGUCGUAUUUUAAUUAUUGAUGAGUUUUAGUCAUUGUAUUUUAAUUAUUUAUAUAAGAAUAUUUUUUUCUAUGGGAUCUCAUGAAUGUGUGAAGGUUUGUAUUUGUGUAAGAAAAGUUUAUUUAUCUGCAAACUGUUUAUUAUUAUUAUUAUGUAGUAAUAUAGAAGGGAUGGUUUAUUUAACUAUUUGAAACCUUUCACCAAACCGUACACAACCAUCGUCAUUGUCAUUCAUUAGUUCUUUGGGAUGGUCUUUCGGUUUUCUAGUGUUUCCUUCGCCCUAUCUUUCCAUCUCUUUCUUGGCCUUCCCAUCUCCGUACACUGUCUUUCAAUCUUUCACUUUCCAUUCUUUCAUAUUUAUUAUUAUUCUUCUUUAUCAAGCCCUGAUCAAAUCUCUCCUCAACAACUUCUUUUACUUCCACAUCUCUGUCUUUUACUUCCACAUCUGUCUUUUUCUCAUUGCUCUGAAGUGUCAUUGCUGUUGCCAUACAUCCAUUUAAUAAUUCCUCUGUCUUUGUUUCCUUUGACACUGUGUUUAACUCUUCAUGCAUUUCUCAAUCCAUCUAUCAUUCUCAUUCCAUCAGCUACACUGGUUCAAUUCAUCACUCAUUAUUCCAUUUGCUAACUCAUCCAUGCGUUCAUAUCUGAAACACUCCACUUCCUCCAUCUCCAUUCAAGCUAAUAUUUAAUUCUUCUUGUCUCCUGUCUGUACUUAAUUUCAUCCGUAUAAUCAUGUUCCCAUUCACUAUCCGUUGACUGUCUUAAAAGUUAUCACAUUUAAUAAUGAGACCGAGACAGUUUUUUUCUGUACAGUACUGUAAUAAUGAUUAUUUGCAGUAUGUCAUUUCAGAAAGGUUUAUAGAGAAGACCUAUACUGGAGAUUGUAACUCUUAAACUCAUUUAGGUGUGAAUUAUGCAAGAUAAUCUUUAUAAAAUAAUGAGUUGCCAAUUGAAUCUUGGUGUAGUUGGUAGACUUAAAAAUUCACAGAAAAUUUUUGCUGAAUGUGACAUUUCCUUUUCCUAUAAUUACCAAUCUGAUUGACACCUAAAUAUGAUUACUGGUACUUUACCUACAUUUAGACAAGUCAUUGUGGAUUAUAAUGGGUGUAGUGUGGAUAAUGUUGAUAGCUAAAACUAUCAAUUCAUUAAACUACAGAAGUUCUAAACUACCGUAUAUAAAGAUUGAGGCAUAAUGCACAAAUUAUAUUAAGUAGCAAAGACCCAGCUUUUCAUGUAAUUUGGGAUCAUUUAAAUGAAAGGUUGCACCUAUGCAGUUUGAAGGGAAAAUAUCUAGAAUGUUCUCCAUUAAAUUUGGAAAUCGACUUGACGCUGGCAUGUUUAUUUUUUAAGUAGAGUUUAGCAUUAUGUGCCAGUCUCCAUAGGCCAGCCACAUCAUUUGCUUGUUUGUUACUGUUAGUUUAAAUUUCUGUUUAUUGUUGAACAUAACAAAUUUACAAAAGGCUAAGUAAGGUUAAUUAAAAGAACAGGAUACGUAAGUAUAAGGAGAAGUUAAUCACCUUUUCACCAUAGAGCUAGCUUAGCUGAGAUAUUGCCUAUCUGAUGAGGCACAGUCUAAUGUUACAACACUCCUCAUGUGUCAUGCUUCCAGACUUGUAGAUGUUUAGGGCAGUGAUUCACAACAGUUUAAUAUGUCUUAUAAAAAUCACUUAAAUGUUAAUAAAAUUACAAAACACCGUCAAAAAUAAGAUAAUUGAAGACUAAAUACUUAAUACAGCAAUCUAAAGACUAUUGAGACCCUAAUUGUUUGAAAUAAUGUGAAACAUCUGACAAAGACCAAUGCAUGAACACUUGAGGUUAUCACUGUAGAUUCAUUCUGUGUCAUUCAAUCUAGGUUUCAAGGUAAUUUGCUCUCUAAAUUGGAUCUACAGUAUUAUUAUGUGUAAUUUUUGUAAGGAAAUUCUGCAUGGUAGAUAGGAUCCACUAAACUUGUAUAAUGUCUACUCUUGUAUACUUUCAGAUGUUUAUUUAAUAAAAUUCUAAAUACGG